CCCCGCGGGUUUGACCGGCAGCCCCGUCGUCUCCGACAUCUCCCUCAUCCGCCUCUCGCCUGCUGCCGUGGCGACCGGCGACUCCCCGUUCAGCGCCCCUCACCCCUACGUCAACCCUCACAUGGAGCACUACCUGCGCUCCGUGCACGGCAGCCCCAUGCUGUCCAUGAUCGCUGCCGCCAGGGGACUCAGCCCGGCCGACCUGGCCCACGAGCAUCUGAAGGAGCGCGGGCUGUUCGGCCUCCCCCCCCCUCCUCCGGGGGCCAGUCCGGCGGAGUAUUACCACCUGAUGGCCAGCCACCGCAGCCCCUACAGCGAGCUGCUCAUGCAAGGGGCCGGGGCCACGGCAGGGGCCCACCUGUCCAACUACAUCACCCCCAUCGACGUGUCCCGGUUCUCCAGCCCCAGACUGACGCCCCGGCUGAGCAGGAAGAGAGCUCUGUCCAUCUCUCCGCUGUCAGACGCCAGCAUCGACCUGCAGACGAUGAUCCGCACCUCGCCCAACUCGCUGGUGGCGUACAUCAACAACUCGCGCUCCAGCUCGGCCGCCAGCAGCUCGUACGGACACCUGUCGGUGGGAGGACUCAGUCCGUCCUUUCCUUUCCCACAUCCCAUCAACCCCAUGGCCUACCAGCAGCUCCUCUCCCAGCAGCGAGGGCUCAGCGCCUUCGGACACACUCCGCCCCUCAUCCAGCCGCCGCCCGCCUACUCCGGCCGCCAGCCGGGCCUCGGCCUGUCCUCGCUGCCGGCGUCCGCCCACAACGACCUGACGUCAAAGAACCACGGCGGCGACUCGGCCGUCAGCAGCACGGUCGACCCCAUGACCACCAAGAGGUCAAAGGUCAAGAGCGAGGCAGAGGGACUGAGGCCUUUGUCUCCGUGUUCACCGAACCACCGCGGCAGCUUGUUGGACCUGAAGGACGACGCCGACCGAGACGACUGCAAACAGGAGCCAGAGGCCGUUUACGAGACCAACUGCCACUGGGAGGGCUGCAGCAACGAGUACGACACGCAGGAGCAGCUGGUGCACCACAUCAAUAACGACCACAUCCACGGAGAGAAGAAGGAGUUCGUGUGCCGCUGGGACGAGUGUUCUCGGGAGCAGAAGCCCUUCAAAGCUCAGUACAUGCUGGUGGUUCACAUGCGCCGACACACGGGGGAGAAACCACACAAGUGCACGUUCGAGGGCUGCUCCAAGGCCUACUCCCGUCUGGAGAACCUCAAAACCCAUCUGCGCUCGCACACCGGCGAGAAGCCGUACGUGUGCGAGCACGAAGGAUGCAACAAGGCCUUCUCCAACGCAUCGGACCGAGCCAAACACCAGAACCGGACGCACUCCAACGAGAAACCCUACGUGUGCAAGAUCCCCGGCUGCACCAAGCGAUACACCGACCCCAGCUCCCUCAGGAAGCACGUGAAGACGGUCCACGGCCCCGAGGCCCACGUCACCAAGAAGCAGCGCAGCGACCUGCCGCCCAGGCCGCCGGCGCCCAGGGAGAACGGCGAGAACGAGACGGGGCCCAGAAUCCAGAGAGAGGACAUGAUGUCAGACCACGGCUCCCCCCGAGGCAUGGAUGACUACCUGCACGUGAAGUCCAUCAAGACGGAGAACUCUGUGAUGUAUCAGUCCAGCCCUGGCGGUCAGUCAUCAUGCAGCAGCGAACCAUCACCACUUGGCAGUGCCACCAACAAUGACAGUGGAGUAGAAAUGGCGGCGCACAGCGGGGGAAGCCUGGGGGACCUCAGCACCCUGGACGAGCUGCCCUUUGUGGAGUCCUUGGGAUUUGAACAUUCCACUGGCGGAGUCGCGGCGGUCGGUCUCCACUUCCGAAAGCAGCUCGGCACCAGUCAGCUCCUGGAGCAUCUGAAGAAGGAGAAGCUGAAGACAGUGAGGGACUCGUGUCGGUGGGCCAACAACCCAACACCCCCGGUCCUCGGCACCAAGCUCCCACCCAUACCAGCCGGCGGGUCCCUCCUGGAGAGUCCAAGUAUGGGUGGUGGUCCGAUGUCCUUCCCUGGUUCAGGCUUGAGUAAGCUGAGCUCUGGUAAACCAACGCUUCUAGAAAACCUCCCAGAGCGCCGGGACAGCACGUCCAGCACCCUGAGCUCAGUUUACACCCUCAGCCGCCGCUCCUCGGGCAUCUCCCCCUGCUACUCCAGUCGGCGCUCGAGCCAAACAUCACAGUUCGGUGCCAACCGCCCCAGCAACCUCAGUUCCGCUGACUCCUACGACCCCAUCUCUGCCGACAUGUCACGGCGCUCCAGUCAGACGAGCCAAUGUGGGGGAACCGGCGGAGGAGCAGGGGUGUACAGAGGAGUGGGGCUGGCCAGCCCCCUCAGCCUGACCCCAGCCCAGCACUACCGCCUCAAAGCAAAAUAUGCGGCUGCCACUGGGGGUGCACCACCUACCCCGCUUCCAUACAUGGACCAAAUGUGUCUGAAGACCCACACAGCUCUUUAUGGGGACCCCCAGGAACCCCCCACCGCUACAGGCCUCCCCUACAGGCAGUACAGCAGCUACAACACAAGGAGCUUGAUGCCCCAUGAGGCUCCGUCUCACGUCCCCCGUCGAGCCAGCGACCCUGUGAGACGGGUGAGCACAGACCAGCCACAACUGCAGCGCUACAACAGCAUAGGGACACUGAACAGAGGCGUGGCCGUGCAGCCGUGUCCCCCUCCUGCGUCAGAUCGUCAUCGUUUAUCCCAGCAAGGCUGCUUGAGAUCAGAGAGUCACCAGCGCUACACGCACAGCCAUCGACCGCCCAGCAUCUCUGAGAACGUCACCAUGGAGACGAUGACGAGUGAGGAGGACCUGAUGCUGCCUGACUUCAACACCGACGACGGAGAUACAAACUGCAGAGUGUCGGCCAAUCAACAACACUUCGAAGGAAACUCUCACCAGCAGCAGUGGUACCAUCAGAGACGAACGGCCGUGGUGAACACCAACAUCCACCUGCCCGCCAGCCUGAGUCCGGGGCAGCAACCACAGCAGUGCUCAUCAUCACAGAGGGACAACAGGACCAACUGCCCGGUGUCUGGGGGCGAUCACAGCGUCAAAGUCCGAGGGAACCUGGCUGUGCUCCAGCAAAACCACAACUUUGGAUCCCUGUACAACAAUCUGACUCCAAACCUCGCUGACACAACACAGAUGAACUCUGAACCCGGAGCAAACCGCUUCCAUCAGCCGUCAAAUCUGAACGAAGCCAUCAGCUCUCAGUGUAGAUUCAACGAUGCGAUCGGCUCCUACGACGGCAACGGUAACGCCACCUACCCAAGGUGCAGUAACACAGCAGGACUGAAGGGGAGCCUCCUGAGUCCCACCUGCAAACAGGAGCCAGUCGACGGGGAGACUGUCGAUUUGCAUUUUGCUGAUGCUGGAUUUCAGCCGGUGAGAGUUAAAAUUGAGGACUGUGAUGGACCUUUCAUGAUUUCAGAUCAGCAGAUUUGUAACAUGACAUCCCAGAAUCCCUUGCACGCUGGGAAUCAGAGCUAUAUCCAGCCGAGGCCACCAGCAGAACCCAGAUCUCUACACAGGCACCAUUCAGGGCCCAAGUUGAUGCAGCAAACAAGGAACCCGAGUAACGCUAACACAGAGGUUGCUUCCAAAUUAUCCAGUCGAGCAGUUUUAGGACUUCAGUGCAGCAACACCUCCGAUGACAACGCCGUGUACUACACCGGGCAGAUUCAAGUGUUUGAGUCCAACGGGAAUGUGGACCUUCAGGUUUCUCCUGUGGUGAGCGUGCCUCCUUUUGAAAAUGAUGCAGCAUCUCCCGGUUCAGGUGAAAACCAGGCGUCCAGGACUCUGGAGUGUAACGCAGCACUGGACCAGACACAGAUAGACUUUGAUAGCAUGCUGGACGACGGGGAUCACUCCAGCCUGAUGUCGGGAACUCUGAGUCCCGGUCUGCUGCAGAAUCUGUCCCGGAGUUCCUCUCGCCUGACAACACCCAGGAACUCGGUCACGUUGCCCUCGGUGCCGACGGGGACGGGAAACAUGGCCAUCGGGGACAUGAGUUCGCUGCUGACUGCUCUCGCUGAAGAGAACAAGUUCCUCAACUUGAUGUCGUAGAAACACCGUCUGUCCGCAUGCACAACGACCACAGACUGAAAGUGACUCUUGUACAGUCUCAUGUCUUAUUUAAAAUGGCAGUUUUCUAUCUUUUUUAAAAGCCAUAUUUGUUUUUUUGCCUUAGGUAGAAAACGUGAACAGAAUGCAGUAGUUGUACACGUCUGCAGUACGUUUACUAAGUGCCUGGCUCAGCCAAAAGCAUACGACUACAUUUAAAACGUGUAACUGUAACCGGGUCACCGUCUGAUAUCCACAUAUUUGGAAUGUAUCAUCGCCGCAAACUUGUUUUACACUGUAAAUGACUUCAUUUGAAACUGCUCCAUCACAACCUCUGCUCCUCCGUCAGCACGACUUCAGGUCCGCAGUCCUCACCGAGACAUUAUGUGAUUGCUGCUGAGAUUGACUGUGACACCUCGACGUGUGACUGGAAUCCUGAAGCCGACAGAGACGGCGAGAAGAGCGUCGAGCGUCCGGGGAGAGAAUCCAGUCUUUUGCUUUUGUACAUUGUUGGACCAGUUUCUUGUGCUGAUUAAAUGUAAAUAUCAUUUGUACAUUUUUCUAAAAAAUACAAUAUUGAUUUUUUUACAUAAA